UUUCAUCGGUUAAAUCGGCAAGUAAUUCUAUUUUUUUCUCGAUCGUUCUUCGCUGCAAUUCUCUAUUCAGAGAGAUAAUGGGUCGCGGAGUGAGCGCCGGUGGCGGCCAAAGUUCUUUGGGGUACCUUUUCGGAAGUGGCGAGGGCCCCACCCCUACCCCUGCUCCUACCCCUCAACCACCAAACAAGGAUCCAAUCAACGAGCCGCCAUUGAAGAACUCAGCCACUUCGACGGUGGCCGAUAACAGUAAGCAGAUUCCAGCUGGCAGUAUUACAACAACCACCAACAACUAUUACCGGGUGGAUGGCCAGAACUGUGGCAACUUUAUAACGGAUCGUCCAUCGACAAAGGUCCAUGCUGCACCCGGGGGCAACUCUUCUCUGAAUUACCUAUUCGGUGAUGGCAGCAACAAAUGAUGGAUGCUGUCUGAAUUUGCUUCGUUUUGUUCGUUCCAACAACUAUCGUUCGUUUGUGUUUUGUUCUUAUACUUUAUGGUAUUCGUUAGUUUCGAUUAAAACAUUAUAGUAUAUAUGUUUUCGUGUUAAUUCUACUUUGUGAGAUA